AGUUUAGCAAACAUUGCACAGCCUAAUCCUGGUUACGCUCGGCAUUGAAUCGGGGUUCUGUACAAAUAUAGAGAUCGACCAGAACUGUCCCGUGGAAUUAGCAAUGGCAAGUAUGUGGCGUGACGUACACGUCGGAGGUGCGCGGAGAAAGCGGGAAAUGGCAAACGAAAAAAUACUCAACGAUCUGUCGAACUGUUUGGACGACUUACCUACAAAAUCUAUGGAGAGUAACCUCCGACCGCUGGUACAACAGAUCGUCGCACUGUUACGUCACAGAGGCUCCACGUCGUCAUCCUUGCUGACGUCACCGGUUAAAGCUGUCUCCACGGAUCAAACCAUACACGUUGUUUCAAAAGCAGUAACAACAUUCGUUCAAGCUGGAAAAGCAGCUGCUCCUGAAAACCAGGAUCUAAAUUCAGCUUUAAUUGCAGCCUGCCACGACGCAGUGAAAGCAGGCGAGUCGUUCUGUAGGGUCCUAACCCAGCAACCAACUACAAGCCACAGCGGAUCUCAUUUAUCGGGUAUCAGUCCCAGCACCAGUGGUAGUGGGAGCCAGAACGGUGUAGAUAGUGGAGUGGACGAAGAUUUAGACGAAGAGAGUUUAAAUUUAAGCAUUGGGAGUGAAAGUGAAAGAAAAGAAGGGACUCGACCGCAUGGAAUUCUAAAAUCAUCAAGCAACAGUUCAAAACUACAAGGUCACCAGCAGCAAGCAAUAAAAACGGAAAACCGCGGCAGGACUACCUUGGCUGACUCUUUCAGUGAUGACGACAUGCGAAAAACGCAGUUGGUGACGUCAUCAUGGGAUACUGUGACGUCAGUGAUACAAAUACUAAUGUUGGCCGACCAAGCAGCGGUGUCUGAGGUCACGCACGCCAAUGAAAUGGUGGUCGAAGGUCUUACACGUUUGGAAAGCUGUCAAAACUUUCAUGAGUUUAUGAGAGAGUUUACUGAGUUUGGGCGACGUAUGAUCAACUUGGCCCAUUAUACUGGUGCAAGGCAGAAGGAUCUUAAAAGCGAUGUUGCAAGGGCGUAUAUAUCAGCAACGAGGUUUGAACUGGAAAAAGGGACGGCGGUGCUUCUUACUUCUUCAAAAGUGUAUUUCCGACAUCCAAGCUCAAAUCUGGCUCGCGCCUUCAGAGAUAAUUGCUUUACUAACAUGAGGUCGGUUCUUGCUAGAAUGGCAAAGUCAUUGGAAACUUGCCGGGAAUCUAAAUCCCUAAGCGCGAGUGGGAGCUUAGACGACGGGAUUUCGAGUAUCUGUUUAACUGAAAAAGUUAAGAAGAACGACGACACGAAAUACAUCAGCGCAUUCUCGCUUUUAGACAACCUAAAGCUGACAGUCUCAAGCUGCCACAACUCUGCUUCUCUUCCAAGCUAUAAUGACGUCACCGGUUCAUUACGUCAUUCCUCGUCAUUUGGUUCUCGGAUAGAAAGAAUAUCAAAACAGAUUAUGGAACGAGCAUUAGAAUUCACUGAUUCUCCUUUCUGCGGGCAUGAGCAACGUUCAGAUAUCUUACGGCGUGACUUAGAAUUAAGAAAGUCACUGGGACCAUUCCUAAACCAGAAGCUUAGUUCGAGCGACGCUAAAAUGCAUUCCACAAGUGUAGAAGAAGCAAUUGAAAAUAUGAAACUUUCUGUUUGCAACGCAGCAGUUGCACGCAUCGUCGGGAUAUCUAACGACUUGUCUUCUACUGGUUUGUACCGACGAAAUUUUAACGUCGAGGCUCUGAUUGAGAAUCUUACCGAACUCUCUAAAUGUCUUAGUCUAAACAUUGCCAACGAUACGACGAAAGCGGUAGCCGCUCUUACUGAGUUCUCGAAACAGAUACAAGAAGCUUGUCGGUUGGCUCAGCAAUGCCAUGUUGAUCCGAGUCACAUAGUCUCCAUUAAACACGUCUGUGAAUUCAUUGAAGGACUAACACAGCAAGUUGUACGGUCGGUGUCUUUGGCUCAGUCAUUAAACGGGAGCCCUGUGGCCGUGGAGAACUUUACUGCACUUAUUGGACAGUGGCACUCUGUCGCCUCUAGCGAGAUAUCCUCGAUGCAAACAAAUUUAUCUUCCGUGGCGCGAAAGGCAAGCGGGGGAAAAUCACCGUCUCCUGUACAUGAUACCAUUGCAAGGAGUGGAAACAUUUACCAACGGUUGGAUACAUCGGAACAAACUGUAGCGGCACGCCUUGGGUUGGAAAUUAAACUUCUCUCUGCACAAUGUCAUGUGGAAUGCCAACACUGGAGAGACGUGGAAGGCGCAUCGGUCGCUCUUAUUGAAAACUUUGAAUCGGUCGCUAGCUCCUCUAAACAUAUUUACCUCUUUACUCGUGGUGAACCUCCUCUCCAUACAACAGCUGAUUUCUUUAACACGGCUAUCGAUACUUCGUCGUACGCCUCAAGGUGUGGGACAAUAGCAGAAUCUUAUAUGGAAGAGUACCGUACUGGCGGCUCGUAUCUGCGCAGUGAUGUUCUAUCCGCAUGCGCACAACUCCCAAACACUUGUCAGAGAUUAAGUGCAACUGCGAAAACAGCCGCACACGGAAAAUCUUCCGUAUUUAGCAAAGUAAUGAUGACGUUACGAGACGUCAGAGCUACAUUGGAGCUAGUUUCAAAGCUUUCAGUUCUGCUACAUUCGAUAUCGAUAAAGAGAGGACUGUCAACGAACUCACGCGACGCUACACGACGUACGAAGCAGAGAUCAAAAUCUUUGACUCCCCGUCACCGUAAAUCAAGUGGUUAUUCAGUCGCUGAAUCAGGAAGAGCCAGCACUAUAUCUCGCAAGUCUAGUUUUGGUCGGUACAGCAGCAACAACAACAACAACAAUAACAACAACAGUAAUUGUGAUGAAAAAAAAGACAUGGUUGCAAGUGAAUCAACCAUCACUGUGAACAUUGUCAGCGAUGAUAAAUGCACAAAAACAAUGGAAAGCGCAUCACAUUAUGGCAGUGCAGAAUCUAUUCCUACAAGGGGAGCAGCUAAAGAACGGGCACUGACCCAAAAGCAUCACAAGAAAUUUAACGCAUGCGGAAUUCCUUUUCGUGCACCUUCUCUCAAACACCUUUCGAUCAAGUCUUCGAAAUGAUCCUGUUGUUUCGUUGUCAAUUUAUCGCAUUCUGAACUUCCACAAACGUCCUUUGGUUGUAACAUUGAUGUUUUCUAUUCGUCUUAAUGCUGUAUUUUUUAUAGUAAAAGUUGAAGUCACACCGAUA